AGGAGAAGGUCAUAAGAAGCAGAAGAAGAAAGCGCUCUGCUAUGCUACUGUAGCUGUAUCAUUUUUCCUUGACGUGGUUCAAAGUAGUUAGUUUGGAAAGGGCAGGAUUUUGCCGAAUCAGCUGCCACAGCAUGGAUAGCUUGCCAGCAGACUCCGGAUCCCGAGCGGCGGGAGCUGCAAAUAGUCCGGCUCGUCUCAGUAUUGGAGAAAUUGAGUACGACCACUCCCAGAUCGGUGAUGGUGGCUCUGUUGGUGCAGUCACUGGAAUUGAGAAUUUCGAGGCUGAGUUUGAGAGAAAGCGUCUCAGAUUAGCGGAGGUCGAGGAGGAUGCCCGACAAAUACGCCUGGAUCUAGCAGCUAAAGAUGAUGAGAUUCGAUUGCUGCGUGAAGAACUUGGCCUCACACCACUGGCACAGAUCAAACAAGCAGUGACAUCAUCAGUACCCUAUCAGAAAACCAUGGAGAUUGGCGAUCGGGUCGCCAGCUCGGAAGCCUAUAAGAAAACACAAAGCACCUUGUCCGAAGUCGGUACAAAGACGGGUGAAUUGCUAAAGACGGCUGGUGCCAAGACAUCAGAUGCAUUCAGCCAAGCUUCUCAGAACUUACAGGAGAGUGAAACGCUGAACGAUAUUGGAGCCAAGCUACGCUUAGCUUCGUCCAGGAUUAAGAGCUCUUUCAGCAAAGAAUCACCUGAGUCCCCAUCUGUAUCUACUCCUGGUAUUGUUGAGGAUGUGACAGAACCCACGGCUACUGAUUAACAAGUUACAUUCUCUCUCUCUCUCUCUCUCUCUCUCUCUCUCUCUCUCUCUCUCUCUCUCUCUCUCUCUCUCUCUCUCUCUCUCUCUCUCUCUCUCUCAGGCUAUUGUAUUUGUCUUCUGUUUUGUCUGACGUGCUUGCGGCUGCGUGCACACACGUCUAUGUGAGCGCUACUUAGUGCAUGCUCUCCGCUUUGCACGCACGCACACACACACACACACACACACACACACACACACUCCUAGCUACACUGCCCCAUUCUCCACACCGUACGGAUAUCUUCGUUAUCAAGUGCUCCGCGGCACCGUGAAACGCCUGCCGGUAUUCUUUGCCCCCCCCCCCCCAUACAAUAUAGUGAGUGAUUAUUCAAACGUGCAGUUGUCUUCCUGCCCUCCCCAGAAUAUGCAUUCAUUCAUUUAGGGUAUUUAUUGGAAAGGGUGAUUUCCGAGUCUGUUUUGCGAAUGGCCGCAAUGCCGGGUUUGCCCACCUUCUAUCUCGAAUUUAUUAUCAUUUUGGAUUUGUCAGGCACAUCUCGUUUGCGUGUCAAGCGCAGAGUGGAGUACUAUUUUCUAGCCUGGAGCAGUUCUGUACCAGUAUGAUUUUUUUUCAUCAAAUAAUUGAACAUUGAGUUAUUUACAAUAUGGGAAUAGGAAAGCAAUCGAGCCCACUUCACUUGGCGAAUGCCGUCAAGUCCUUCUUAUUCUUUAUUUUUUCCUUCAUUUUGAAUACUUUCCAAUAUGAUCAUGGUUCAAGCUAGAGCCUGCAGCAGGAGUAGUAAAAGUAGAUAUUUUACUACUCCCUGGCCUGCACUAACCGGA